AUCCCUGAUAAGGUAGCAGAAGAAGCUUUGGAACACGUGGAGCGACCACAGCUGCUGCUUCCAUGAGAGACGGCCAUAGGACGGGAGAUCAUAUAUAGAUCGCUUAUAAAAAGGAAGCUGCAUGAGGCUGCUGGCUGUCAUCUCGUUCAGAACUAACGGAGAGAUUACUUUUUUAUAUAUAUGUUUACCGAUCGACGUAGUUUAUGCAGUUAAUUAAGAUUUUCUUUAGCUAAGCUAGCUAGCUAGCUGCUCCAUAUCAGUUUGUUUUCCGUACGUGGAAGAAGGAGGUUCCGCAGAGCAAUCAUGGCUGACGCCGUGCUCCUGGGAGGAGGGAGUCGAGAGGAGAUCGUCCUCGUCGACAUCGUCGACGACGGCGAUGGUCAUCAGGAUGUGCCGGCGGUGCGGCGGCAGGACUCUCUGUACGUCGACGCGACGAGGGCCGGCGGAGCGAACCACCGUGGAGGCCAGGAGAGCUGGGCGAGGACGAUGAGGCUGGCGUUCCAGUGCGUGGGGAUACUGUACGGCGACAUCGGGACGUCGCCGCUGUUCGUGUACUCGAGCACCUUCAAGGACGGCGUCCGCCACCGGGACGACCUGCUCGGCGCGCUCUCCCUCAUCAUCUACAGCUUCGCCCUCUUCACCAUCGUCAAGUACGUCUUCAUCGCCCUCCGCGCCAACGACGACGGCGACGGUGGAACGUUUGCACUUUACACGCUGAUAAGUCGGCACGCGAAGGUGAGCCUGAUCCCGAACCAGCAGGCGGAAGACGAGCUCGUCUCCGGCAAGCACAACGCCGGCAAGCCGCAGGCGACGCUGAGGAGAGCGCGGUGGAUGAAGGAGUUGCUGGAGACCAACAGAGCCGUCAAGAUCUGGCUAUUCCUUCUCACCAUCCUCGCCACCGCCAUGGUCAUCAGCGAUGCCGUCCUUACACCCGCCAUUUCAGUUCUGUCUGCAGUUGGUGGGCUGAAAGAGAAAGCACCGAAUCUGACAACAGAUGAAAUAGUGUGGAUCACGGUGGCUACAUUAGUGUUUCUGUUUGCGAUCCAGCGGUUUGGCACAGACAAAAUUGGGUACUUGUUUGCGCCCAUCAUACUCCUGUGGUUGCUGCUCAUUGGGGGUGUUGGGAUCUACAACACCAUCAAGUUUGACACCGGUGUGCUGAGGGCCUUCAAUCUCAAAUACAUCAUCGACUAUUUCCGAAGGAACAAGAAGGAUGGAUGGAUCUCUCUCGGUGGCAUACUCCUAUGCUUCACAGGUACAGAAGCUCUGUUUUCUGAUCUAGGAUACUUCAGCAUUAGGUCGAUUCAGCUAAGCUUCAGCUUUGGCCUGGUCCCUUCAGUGUUGCUCGCCUACAUUGGGCAAGCGGCAUACUUGAGAGAACAUCCAGAGCAUAUAGCCAACACUUUUUACAGAUCAACUCCAAAUGUGAUGUUUUGGCCAACGUUCAUCCUGGCAGUUGCUGCAUCCAUCAUUGGAAGCCAAGCCAUGAUAUCUUGCGCCUUCGCGACUAUUUCACAUCUGCAGACACUCGACUGCUUCCCUCGAGUUAAGAUACUUCACACAUCAAGGCAAUAUUCAGGACAACUGUAUAUUCCAGAAGUGAACUUCCUGCUUUGUGUGGGUGCUUGCCUUGUAACAAUUUGUUUCAAGACAACCGUUAUCAUUGGAGAAGCCCAUGCAAUAUGUGUGGUCCUUGUGAUGAUCAUCACAACACUCCUGUUGACAAUAGUGAUGCUCCUAGUGUGGAAGGUCAGCAUAUGGUAUGUCGCACUCUUCUUCAUCGUCUUCAUGUCAUCGGAGUCAAUCUACCUGUCAGCAGUCCUGUACCAGUUUGUGCACGGUGAGUACGUGCCUGUGGCUAUGUCAGUGGUGCUGAUGAUCGUGAUGGCUGUCUGGCACUACGUGCAUGUGAAGAGGUAUGAGUUUGAGCUCGAGCACACCGUGCCCCGCGACAAGGUGAAAGAGCUCUUAGAGCGCCGUGACAUACAGAGGGUUCCUGGAGUAGGGCUCUUCUACACCGAUCUGGUGCAGGGCAUACCCCCGGUGUUCCCUCACCUCAUCGAGAAGAUCCCUUCCAUCCACUCCGUGCUCAUCUUCGUCUCCAUCAAGCACCUCCCGAUCCCAUCGGUCGAUAGGUCAGAGCGGUUCAUCUUUAGACAUGUCGACAAAGAGGAGUACAAGGUGUUCCAGUGCGUGGCUCGCUACGGCUACCGGGAUCCCGUGGAGGAGGCCAAGGACUUCGUUGAUGCACUUGUUGAGAACCUUCAGUACUACAUACGAGAUGUUAACUUCUAUGCUAUGGGUGGUGAGCAGAUGUUCCGGACCACCAGCUACGCCAGUUCUGUUGCUGAUAGCUCUGCCAGCUAUGAGAAACACUCUGGGCAUGCAGUGUAUGCAGAGGAGAUGCUUACACCAGCCGAAUCCUUCUCCGAGCACACAAAGCAGCUUAGUGGUAGGAGCAAGCAUUUCAAACAAUUUCAGGUAGAGAAUAUGAACAUGGAAAAGAUUGAGAAGAUCCAACAGGAGCAGCAGGCCAUCCUUAGAGAGAUGGAAAAUGGUGUGGUGUACAUAUUUGGUGAGAGCGACAUGGUGGCGAGACCUCACUCCUCACUCUUGAAUAAGAUCAUUGUCAAUUAUGUAUAUUCUUUUCUUAGAAAGAACUGUAGAAAUGGCGAGAAGAUGUUAUCUAUUCCUCGUAGCCAAGUUCUAAAGGUUGGAAUCGCAUAUGAGAUAUAAGAAUAUGUAUAAGAUAGAGAUGCAUGGUUGUUGAUGUUGUUCACAUAACAUUGUUGUAACGGUUUUUUUUAAUUCUAACAUGAAUCAUUGCAACGAUGGGCUAUAAUAUUUAAAUGGCAUAAAACUAUCAAA